GUGGACAGACCUUUGCCAUGCUGAAGAGUGGGAUUUUUGAUCGAGAUUCAGAUGGUGUUAUAACCUUCGUGGAAUGCUCGAUUGGUGUACACAAGACACAACAUGCAAGACAGAUGGUUGGCAAGCUGCUACCGUUGGUUGCCCCGGCGACUGGUGUGGUUGCAGGGAACUGGGCGGUUCUUUACAAGGCCGAGCUUGGGCUCCUUGAACCUCCCGCAGGACCUUUGAUGCCAGCCCCGGGCAAGGAUCGACAACCGACUGUCAGAUCGCUAGAAUCCGACGAGGCAGGUGCUUGGCUUCGCUUGUUGCUGUUCGGUAACACUAAGAUCCUGCCCGAACGCAAGGUCACGAGUCACAGCUGCAAGUGCACCUGCAUUAGUUGGGCAGCCAAGUUCGGGGUGUCACCUUCGGAGCUUCUUCUGCUGGGAUAUCACGUGGGUGACUUCAGGAUGGGUUUGACGUACUCCCGCGACUCUGCAGCCCCUACACUUCUUUUGCUGGAGCGCAUUUUGCACAAGGUUAGAAGUGGCGAGUUCGUGCCGGAUGCCACUCGCAGCGGGCGUUUCAAGUCCAGUGCGCGUGGGGUGCCUCUUGUUGAGAUUAAGGAUGAGGAAUGGGAGGAGCGCGAGGAGCCUCAGCUAGAUGCAUGUGUCACGACUGGAUCUUCCAGUAGUGACACUUCCGAGGAUGAAGCCGAGAAGAGCAAGGGGCGGUGUGCAGAGCUCCGUGAGGAUGGGUCUCUUCACGAAGGGCUGGCAGCCCAGAGAAUCAAGACGUAUCGAUCUUUAGCUUUUAGCAUGGGCACGCCUUCUGCAGCACCCAGCGAGGAUCAGUUCAAAGAAUUGGCUGCGAAGGUUUUUGCCGUGGCGGACCCGUCCAUAGGAGAUCUUGCAGACAUCCGUCAGCUUCACUUUGAAGCCACCACUUUGGUGAUCCAGACAUACAAAGAGAUGGUCUCUCAAGAGUCAUCAGAUGGGGCGCCUUUGAGAAAGCUUCCUGUUCCUGAGAAGCGUGCCAGGCGGGAGAAUCAACAGGGCAGGCUGUCUGGGAUCACGAUGGAGGGCGAGCUUGAUCCAGCAUAUCAGCUGAUAGAUGCAUGCAAUCAUCAGAUGGAAAGCUCGGUUCUUUACUGGCUUCCGCCGUCCAAAUGUCCCAAGAGGGAUGUUGAAGUGAUCCAGGGUUUCAAGGAGAAACCGGCGACCCUCCAGGUCGAACACAACGUUGUGAAGAUGGGACAUCAGUCAACUCCAGUUGAGUGUGAUGUUUCAGAUUCGUUGAAGUGUCAGUGGGCUUGGAUGCGCCGAGGCCUUGCAUACGAUCAGUGCAAGAUGAUCACGUACAAUGUCCACCAGCGGUGGAUUCAGAGGCUGCUUGAUUGUCUCUCGCAGGAGUUGUUUUUGCUCAUGUCGCGUGAGAAUCUGAAGACCUUCAGGGGGAAUGCUGCCGGUGAGUUGCCUCUUGACAAUCUGAUUAACAGAUUGUCUUAUGAUCAGCGGGUGCAGCAGUUCCUUCUUCCCAUGAUCAAGGGACCGAAAGGUGGUGGCAAAGGCAAAGACGAGGACAAGGACCCUCCGCCUCCUCAGGUGGAUGACGAGCGUCCUCAGAAACCCAAGCCCAGUGCGCGCGCCAAGGAGAUCGCAAACGUCGAG